AUGAGGCUGGGCUGGACGCGAGGUCUAGUUUUGGUCCUGACUGUUGCAGUAAUGCUUCUGUAUGUAGCCUCAGUUAGGAAGGAGAUCUGGACCCAUGAAGAACAUCUCUAUCAAGCCCAACAGGAGCUUUCUGUCCUCAGACAGGACAUCCUGCACAGGCUGGAGGGAAUGGAGACUCAAAUACAGGCAAUUGUUCAGUCUUCCCACAUUGACCAGAGGGAUGCACGUGCAGUUACACAAAGUCCAACACUGAAAAGGGACAGGAGGGCAGCUCAGAACCUGUUCCCAAACUCUGAACUAUUUAAGAAAUGGCAUCCUGAUCUGUCUGAGGAAGAGCAGCGAGAAGCAGAAGAGCUUUUCCAGAGAUAUGGAUAUAACGUCUUUCUCAGUGAUAAGAUCCCCCUAGACAGAGAACUGCCUGAGACACGAGACCACAGGUGUUUAACCAAGGAAUAUCCUUCAUACCUCCCAACCAUCAGUGUAAUUUUGAUAUAUCUGGAUGAGGCUCUGUCUGUGAUUAAAAGAGCCAUUUGCAGCGUGAUCAACAGAACUCCUGCCCAUUUGCUCAAGGAGAUCAUUUUAGUGGAUGACCAAAGCACCAACGAGGAUUUAAAAGGAAAGCUGAAUGCCUUCAUCGAUUUCAUCCACAAAACUCGUCCAGGCCUGGUGAAGAAGGUGAGGCAUGCAGAGCGGAUGGGCCUGACUCAAGCACGCCUCUCUGGUUGGGAGGCAGCCACAGGGGAUGUGGUCGCUAUCUUGGAUGCCCAUAUUGAGGUCCAUGUUCAGUGGGCUGAGCCUCUACUUGCUCGUAUCCAAGCUGACCGCAGGCUGGUGCUGAGCCCAGUCUUUGAUAGGGUGAAUUUCUACAACAUGGAAGUGACUCCAUAUUCAGCUGCAGCUCAAGGUUUUGACUGGGCUUUGUGGUGUCGGUAUGAUUUCUUCAAACAGGAAUGGUAUCAUCGCAAUGACCAAUCGCUACCUGCCAAGAGUCCCUCUGUGAUGGGUAUUCUUGUGGUAGAUCGCCUUUUCUUUGGAGAGAUUGGAACACUUGAUGGAGGAAUGAAAACAUAUGGUGGGGAGAAUGUAGAGCUAGGCAUCAGGGUGUGGCUGUGUGGAGGUAGUGUUGAGAUUAUUCCAUGUUCUAAAGUGGCGCACAUUGAGAGAGCACACAAACCGUAUGCACAGAAUCUUGGUGAGUUAAUGAAGAGGAAUGCUCUCAGGGUGGGGGAAGUCUGGCUGGAUGAAUACAAGAUAAAUGUCAACGCAGCCUGGAACCUUCCACCAACGGACCAUGGCAUAGACAUUGGAGAUGUGUCAGAGAGAAAGAGACUGAGGGAAAGGCUGCAGUGCAAGCCCUUUAAGUGGUAUUUGGAUAAUGUCUAUCCUCAGCUAGAUCCACUGGAUGACCUGCUUGGUUAUGGCAUGUUGAUCAACAGUCUGAAGACAGAUGUAUGUGUUGAUCAAGGACUCCUUUCAGGCAACACUCCCAUCUUAUACGCAUGUCAUCACCAGUUUUCACAGGCCUGUGGCUAUAGAAAACGUGGAGACAUUUAUAUUGGACAGAGCAAUUUUCAGGAACGACGCUGUUUGGCUGACCCUGGUUCAGGGAGACUACCUGUACUGCACAAAUGUUCAAAGCAGCAAAUCUACAAGUACUGGGACUUCAAACAGGGGCAAGCUGUAAAAAAUAGAGACACAGGCCGGUGUCUUGAAAUUGCUAUUGGACCAGAUGGAUACUAUCAACUGUACAUUCAGGACUGCAGUGGACAGAGGUGGACAAUACAGCAUGUGAUCAAAGACCGAGGCUUCGGUUGAGUGUUUUGUUCCAUAAGUCCAAUU